AUGGCAGGCGACUUUUCAGGUUGCACAGCACGGAAGAAAAAUCGGGCCCAAUCCAUUGAGUACAAUCCGGUCAAAACGGAUGGCAGUGGGGAAAAUUCGAAGCAACCAACGAACCCCUUAACGACCCGGAGUGGUUUGCGGGUGUACAAGAUUGUCAUCCUGGGCGACGGAGGCGUUGGAAAAUCGGCCGUUACCCUCCAGUUCGUCAGUCACAGCUUUCUGGACUACCAUGAUCCUACAAUUGAGGACUCCUACCAGCAGCAGGCCGUCAUCGAUGGGGAAGCCGCCCUGCUCGACAUACUGGACACGGCCGGCCAGGUGGAGUUUACUGCUAUGCGCGACCAGUAUAUGCGUUGCGGGGAGGGCUUCAUCAUCUGCUACUCGGUUACGGAUCGACACAGCUUCCAGGAAGCGUCCGAGUAUCGGAAGCUGAUAGCACGUGUACGGCUCACGGAAGAUAUCCCGCUAGUGCUGGUGGCAAAUAAGCUGGAUUUGCAAUCGCAAAGAAAAGUAACGACAGAAGAGGGCAAAACGCUAGCGAAACAGUUCGGUUGUCCAUUCUAUGAAACGUCGGCCGCACUGAGACACUACAUUGAUGAGGCGUUUUUCUCACUGGUUCGGGAGAUUCGGCGAAAAGAGGAACAACGGACGCUGAAUGGUGGUUCCAGCUCCGAAAAGAUACACCCUAGGCGACGCAGCCGCUGGUGGCGAUUACGGUCAAUAUUUGCACUCGUCUUUAGACGCCGCCGAAAUGCUACCGGUAUCAAUCAAUAG